UGGCGAUGUGAAUUUGACGUUUCAGUCUUCGUAUUUCUAAAAAUGAAGAAUAUUUACUACGUUUUAUGUUGUUGGCUUAUGAAAACAUGACUUAUUUAAGUCUUAGUUUUCAUUAAUGUGCUUUUAGUGGUGUUGGUGCCAAAAUUCUAACGUUACAAACAGUUAAAAGAUAAAUUAUACGUGUUUAUAUUUUUCUGUAAUAAAAACGAGAAAUGUUAUGAUAAAAGUUUUGUAAAUACAAGUUCUGAAUAAACAAAUCCAAUCUAACAUACUUGGUCGCUUACAAGACCUUUGUGAAUUAGUGAUAAAGUGUAUUAACCUGUCGUGAAAAUGUCUUUUAGUAUGGUGCUGUAAAGUAUUGAAUUUUAUAAUGUAAACAUGUUUAUUGUAAUGUUUACACAUUAACAUAGCAGUUGAGGUGUUAGUGGUGAUGUGAAAGGGACCACAAAUCAUCAUGAUCGAGUUUUAAUCCUUUAAAGAAUGGAGUAAAGAGGUGGUGAUAAAUUCAUAGGUGUUGGCAGUGUCACAAAGUGUUCUAAUUAAAAUGGUUACCAUGAACUCUACGGAAAAGGCGGCACAAAAGGCCUGUCAACAGGGGCCAUCGAGGGAUAAUUCCAAGUAUGUCAAAGAAGAAAAAGAGAAAAAAGACAAUGCUAUUUCCAGUCUGCCGUCGAACGUACAGGCCCUCAUGUCUACCAUCCCAUCACCAGAAGAAUCACCAAACUACCUUAUCUACAAAAAGAUGGAGGCAAUCAUUGAGAAGAUGCAAGAUGAGAACACGGGUGUGCCCGUGCGCACCGUCAAGAGUUUUAUGUCCAAAAUACCAUCUGUCUUUACCGGAGCAGACCUGGUCUCCUGGCUGACCCGGGAGCUCCGCUUGGAUGAAACCUGGGAGGCUCUUCAUCUGGCCCAUCUCCUCGCUGCUCAUGGUUACCUUUUCCCUAUAGAUGACCACAACUUGACCGUCAAGAAUGAUAACACUUAUUACAGAUUCCAAACACCUUACUUCUGGCCCUCCAACCAAUGGGAACCAGAGAACACUGACUAUGCUGUAUACUUAUGCAAAAGAACAAUGCAGAACAAAGCCAGGUUGGAACUCGCUGAUUACGAAGCGGAGUCUUUGGCGCGCCUUCAGAAGAUGUUUAGUAGGAAAUGGGAGUUUAUAUUCAUGCAAGCGGAGGCACAGAGCAAGGUGGACAAGAAACGAGAUAAAUUGGAAAGGAAAGUUCUGGAUAGUCAAGAGAGAGCCUUCUGGGACGUCCAUCGGCCAAUGCCUGGCUGCGUAAACACAACGGAGCUGGAUCCAAGGAAAUUGUCCCGGAUCAACGCUUUGAAAGCAAAGAGAUUGAGGCAAGCCCAGGAUCUCAUAUUGCAACACAAUCUUAAGAACAAUCCCAUAGUUACCAUAACCAAUCCACAAGAGAGUGAGGAGCAGAUACAGAAGAAAACCACAGACAACACACCAAAGGAAAACGGGGAAACAUCCCAAUUGGAGAUAACAGUGGCUAUAUCGAGCGAUAAUAAACCUUCCCCGCCCGAUAUUAACGCACAAAUUGAAGCGGCGCGGAAACAAUUAGCCGUACUACGAGCAAGACUGGAGAGACGCAACGUGCGAGUCAGUAAAGUGGCUGAAAUGUUCAUAUCGUACUGCGAACAGUACGCGGAGUACGACGCGUUCUUGACACCGCCCGACUGGCCGAAUCCUUGGUUGAGUGACACCACCGAACUGUGGGACCAGGAGAAACAGAGCAAAGACCCGUUGCCUUUGCGUCGCGUGCGACGCUGGGCCUUUGGGCUACGGGAGUUAUUGCAAGAUCCCGCUGGAAGGGAUCAUUUUGCCCGGUUCCUGGCCAAAGAAUUCAGCGGGGAGAAUCUUAAGUUUUGGCUGGCCGUUCAAGAAUUAAAGGCUUUGCCCAUACGUCGCGUGGCCGUUCGAGCCAAAGAGAUAUGGAAGGAAUUCUUGGCUUCUGACGCACCAUCACCAGUCAACGUGGAUGCAGCUAGCAGGGAGCAGACACGAGUUAAAGUAGAAUCUGGUGCAGCCGACAGAUAUUGCUUCGAUCAAGCUCAGGCACACGUUUAUCAUCUAAUGAAAUCUGACAGCUACUCGCGUUAUCUCCGCUCGGAAAUGUACAAGGAAUAUCUAAACGGAUCGAAGAAAAAGACAUCAGUUAAAGGAAUACGUUCCAUCGUUUCCUUCACCGCCCGAAAGGAGACUUCUAGCAACUAAAUAGCAAAUUAGAAAGAUAAUACGAAGGGAAGGUGGAACAUGAGAGAAUAAUUCCUCAGAACACUCGCCGUGGUACAGACGAUAGAACGCGCUUAGUGACUCCACGUCACGGCGUAAUUGAAGAGGCUCAAAGUGUUUAGUCACCUCCUCAUUGCCUAUAAUGCGGAUCGCGCGCCGCUGUAACCUAUCCAAAGCAUCGAGCAAAUACUUGGCGGAGCCAUCCCAGAGGAGCGAGCAAUAUUCCACGCAGGACC